UCUCGGGCUCCUAGAGGAGGAGCUUCGAGGGACUCGGUCUAUGCCAAGAAACCCUUUCCCUCCCCUCUCUUGAGCCAUUCUCCCGUUGAUCACCUCCUGUGCUCCCCCACGGCCAGGAAUUGCUUUCUUCCUGUCUGGAAGCCUUCUGAAUCAGAAAAAGAACAAACCAAUGCUCCCCACAUGACAGAACCAAAGAAUUCAAUGCAGAAAAUGCGUCACAUGGACAUGAGGAAGGUUUUCCCUUCAUAAAAGCUACUGCCCACAAAGCCCCAGCAUCGAAGGCCCGUUGAAACUGGGCGAUUUAUCCAGGGAAAUGGGAUUUCACGGGCUUUUGAUCAGUUUUCUGUUGGUUUCUGCUGCCGCUUUUGUGAAUUCACAGGACAUAGAUAUAGAAGCGCUAUCUCCAGCAGAGAGCAACUGCAAUGGCAUAUAUCUCUCGUAUGCUUUUGGGUAUAGACAGAAGGAGUUCCCCCAUGUGAAGAACGCCACGGCUCAGGCUUAUGCAUUUCAGGCCACGGCAACCAUACUUAAUGCGGGGACAGAGGAGCUCAAGUCAUGGAAGAUAUUCAUUGGCUUCCAACAUGAGGAGAUACUCGUGUCGACGGGACAGGCCGUCCUCGCAGAUGGGUCGGAACUUCCGGCUCAUGUCGGGAACGGAACGUAUUUGUCUGGUUUCCCACAGUCAGAUCUAAAGACAGCAAUUGAUACAGCCGGCGAUAUGACACAAAUUCAGGUGCAGAUCGACAUCAAAGGCACGCAAUUUGGUGUUCGUCCUCCUUCAACUCCAAUGCCGAGCACAAUUCGCCUGGCUAAUGAUGGUUACAAGUGCCCUGCUCCGACCCGUCACAAGACUGAGAUGCAUGUGUGUUGCAUUAGAGAUCCCAAGUUCAAGGUCAAGCGCACAACUACCAAGUUUUUACCUCGACAGGACGGUGACCUGACUAUAAAUUAUGAUGUCGUCCAGGCCUAUGGAGCAAACUAUCUAGCCCAAGUAUCAAUGUCGAACAAUCAUCCACUGGGUCGACUUGAUAAUUGGAAUCUGACAUGGGAAUGGAUGAGAGGUGAAUUCAUUUAUAGCAUGAAGGGAGCAUACACUUUCUCAAAGGACAUCUCAGAUUGCAUCUAUGGGUCUGCAGCAAACUAUUAUCAGGCCAUGGAUUUCACGCCUGUAAUGAAUUGUCAAAAGAAUCCCAUAAUAACAGAUCUUCCACUAGAGAGAUACAAUGACACGUCCAUAGGAAGGAUUCCUAACUGCUGCCGAAAUGGAGUCUUGCUUCCAUCCACCAUGGAUCCAAGCAAGUCACAAGCUGCAUUUCAGUUACAAGUUUACAAAAUCCCCCCCGAUUUGAAUCGAACAGCUUUGUAUCCUCCUCAAAACUGGAAGAUCAAUGGAGUCCUGAAUCCUGAUUAUCAAUGUGCACCACCAAUCAGGGUGAGCCCAACAGAGUUUCCUGAUCCAAGUGGGUUGUUGUCUACGACACCUGCAGUUGCAAGUUGGCAGAUCGUCUGCAAUAUUACAAGGCCCAAGGAGAAAAAUUCGAGAUGCUGUGUUUCUUUCUCCGCUUACUACAAUGACUCUGUGAUUCCAUGCAAUACAUGUGCCUGUGGUUGCCCCGCAGACCCCAAUCCUGUAUGCAAUCCAAAUGCUUCUCCAAUGCUUCUCCCAUAUGAAGCACUGCUUGUUCCAUUUGAUAACAGAACGGUGAAGGCAAAAGCAUGGGCUAAAAUAAAGCACUACCACAUACCAAACCCCAUUCCUUGUGGUGAUAACUGUGGUGUGAGCGUCAAUUGGCAUAUCUACUCGGACUACAGAAAUGGAUGGACAGCAAGAAUAACCUUAUUCAACUGGGAAACUAUUCACUUUGCAGAUUGGUUUAUUGCUGUUGAAAUGAAGAAAGCGUAUCCAGGCUUUGAAAAAGUGUAUUCCUUCAACGGGACAAGGAUGGAGGGGCGUAAUGACACCAUAUUUAUUCAAGGUUUGCCAGGACUUAACUAUCUGAUUGGAGAAACAAAUGGCACCAACCCUGCUACUGAUCCUCCUGUACCUGGUAAGCAGCAAUCUGUAAUUUCCUUCAACAAGAAACUAACACCAGGCAUUAAUGUUGUGGCUGGAGAUGGAUUCCCUUGGAAACUAUACUUCAAUGGAGAAGAGUGUUCACUUCCGACAGAAUUUCCAAUUGGAGCUGGAUAUCGGUCCCCUGUCAGCAUACUUCCAUUAAUGUUGCUCCCCAUCAUUAUAUUCGUGCUGUUAAUGGAUCAGCUCUGCUGAUGAUGUAUAGAAACACACUUUAUGUUGUAUCUUUGCACCUGGUUUAAUCACAGGAUUGUGGUGGGUGCAAAAAGGUGGUUACAAUAAGAUUAUUC